AUGUUUCGGAAGGCAGGAAAACCUGCAAGCGCGCAUCUCCUGGCGCCAGGUGUAGGUACACGGCGUAAAGCACUGCGCCAGCCUUGUUCGAGGGAACAUGCCGCUCGUCAGUGGUCGCAUCCCUUCAGAAAAAGAUGGGAAGUACUUCGCGGCCAGGAGUCAUCUGCGGUUGCCAACCCCUGCCUCAAAUCUUUUUCUCCUGCUCCGUGCUCUCGACUAGCGGCGCACGGGUCAGAGCAUCAACGGCAAAUCUCAAGUCGAUUGCUUGCCUCACGCCUGACAUCGCGACCUCUCGCUGGCUGCUGGAACAUCCUUCCCGUCUCUCGCGGAAAAGCUGCCUUCUCGCUUCCGAGAGAAACCCGCUCCUUCUCUUCAGUCAUCGUUUCCCGAAGCAGAAAAGGUACACGCGUGGACGGGGGGGGACAGCAGUCGGUGCCAGGCAGAGGAAGAAAGCGGUAUCGAUGCUCUGUGGAGACGUGCGAAGAGGAAGGCGAGCGAAAGGAAUUCGACGACAAUGGAUUGCCUCGGCUUGUCCGAAGGGCUGUUGAGGCUUCCUACGUGCCCCGUGCGGUCCCUCUAUCAUUCUGGAAAGCCCAGGCGGAUCAGGCUCUUCGGCUCCUUCCCUCCCUCCUCCCCUUCCACUUAGCGUCUCUGCUUCUCGCGUACGCUCGCGCCGGCGUGCGGCACCCGCCUCUGGCAGCGGCGAUUGUCCGUCAGUUCGCCGACAUCUCCAGUCGACAGCGGUAUCAUCCGCUUCUGCUGUCUCCGCGCUCGACCCUCUAUGCGAAUUCGCUUGAGGGGGGUAACGAGAAACUGAAGAGGCGUUCCGCGCACAUGGGCUCGCCAGAGGAGACAGAGGAAGAGCGGCAACGCGUAGACUUUGCUGCGUUUUCAACAGUGCUCCUCUCUCUCGAAAGAUUACAUCUUCUGCAGCACCCCCUCGUGUAUGAACCUGCCGAGAGACUCCAGGGUGUUCUGCUCCAUCGACUCCAGGGACACUGCGAUUCUUUCACCUUCCGGCAGCUCAAGCGGCUGAUGCUGCUCCUCGCGAAACUCUCCGCAGUUGCGAGUGCUCGAUGUUCAACACGUGGGGUUGGCGCCCAUGCUGAUACUCACGGGGGAAGUGACGAAGACCUCCCACGGGUGUCAGCACAGAUCCAGACAGAGGAAAACGAAAAUAAGGGAGGGCAGGCAGGAGAAGCACGACGACCGCUCGAGAAUCGGAGUUUCCUGGUGGAGGUGAUGGUGGCAGCAGCAGAGAAAGCAAUGGAAGCUGUCCGGCCCCCAGCUGACGCGGCCAAGGUGGUCGUCGAUGAUAGAGAAAUGUUCCCGGUUGCGUGGUGUAUAACCAGGUUUGACCAGAUGCUCUUCUCCAAAAUGGUUCGAAAAGACAUACAUGUCGCGGCGAGAGAGAUUCCCUCGGACGGUGGGCAGGCUGUAGUAGGCACGGGAAAUGAGGAUUACGAAACAAGGGUUGGCCGACGAACAAGGGAACGGUCACGUGCAAAUGAAGCAAGCGCAACGCCACCAGGAGGCAAAGCGUGUCCGAGGGAAAAGGAACAGGACGAUGGAUUCAGUUACAAGUUUGUUGCAGGCGGCACGGCGUAUGAUUAUCCUGAUGACGGACUAACAAAGGACAUGAUCGAUAUGUACACACAAGCUCGCGAAAAGCUUCUAGGAUGUGCCACGCGAGGUGUCCGGACGAUCAUCGUCUCAAGACUCCGCUGCGCACCUCUGGACGCUGCUAUGGCGCUGGAUGCUUAUCUCCUCCUGAACGAUCCCUACAUGAGCACGAAAGCAGAGCAUUACUUUUCUUUUGUUCUGUCCAACGCUAACGUCGAGGAGCUCCUCACGUUGGCGGAUGGAUUCAGACAUUUACGUAUUGCUCAGGGGCGCGUGUGGAAUGUCUGGUGUCAGCACACUGAGCGCUGUCUCACGGACUACGCAGGCCAGGACAACGAAGGGGGAGACCGUGCAGAUCCAUCUUGUCGACUCCCGCCGAUGGAAACUUUGCAGGCGGUGCGAGGCUGGUUUGACCUGCUCGGCCGAGCCUGCCCGCUGGCAGACGCGUUGCUAGUACAGGCGACGCUGAGGGCUGGACAGGAGAAGCGUUCUACUGUCGAGACCAGGUUCCCAGGGCGUGACAUCUAG